AUGGACGGCGACGGCGACGGCGACGGCGACGGCAGCCUCCGCUUCGACUUCGAGGACGACGUCGACGCUUCGAGCGCUGGAUCCGGCUCCGCGUCCUCGGAAGCCCCCAUCCUCGCCGUGGGAGGGCCGUCCCGUGGCCGCGGCCACGGAAGCAUCGAAAUGGACGGCGACGAGGACAGCCUCCGCUUCGACUUCGAGGACGGCCUCGACGCGGCCGGCGCUGGCACCGAAUCCUCGGCCUGGCCCUUCGAAGCCCCCAUCCCCUCCGCUGGAGGGCCGUCCCAUGGCCCUGGCAGCCGCAGCAUCCAAAUGGACGGCGACGAGGGCAGCCUCCGCUUCGACAUCGAGGACUACCUCGACUCCGUCGCCGCUGGAUCCGGCUCCGACGAGGAGAUCCCGGAGUGCAGAAUGUUUAGCGUGGGCUUUUGCCUUAAUGGAUCUAAUUGCAAGUGCAUGCAUGUUAAGCUACCUGGGUCGCCUCCUGUUCAAGAAGUCCUCCAGAAGUUUCAACAGACGAAUGCCUAUAACUAUGGUUCAUCAAGCACAACUUAUCAGCCUAGAGACAAUAACUGUAAGCAGAAGGCGAAACCUCAAGUCCAGCAUGAGUCGGUGCUGAAGAACCAAAAUUUGGCUGUAAAUGCUACUCUUGUAGCGCAACAACCUGCUGCUCAGCAUGUGCAGACAGCAAAUCCACCACCACACCUACAGCAGCAGCAAAAUGCUCAGGUUCAAGGUGUCCAUAAUGGGUCAUCUAUCCAAAAGCUACCGCAACUGCAAGCCCACUUCCACAAGGGCAAUCAAGGUACUUGGUUAUUAAAUGUUGCAACCAGGAGAAUCUGGAUUUUGGUUCAGUGGGGUGUUUGUGCCCCUCAAAAAGGAUUAAUGAGGUGA